AUGAAUCGAUUGUACGUCUUAAAGGCGUUCGAGAGGACGAGGAAAAGCGCUUUAAGAGUCUCGUCGUCUGUAGUACCGUCGAGUAGUACGAGUGGUAGGUUUUGGUCGAGAUCGAACGCGUUUUCAUCGUCAUUCUUACGAGAACAAGAACAUAAACUUUCGAGAGCGAAUGGAAAAGAACAGACGAGCGUCGCGGGGGAAACGGAACGAAGUUUACGAAGGAAAGAGGAACCGCAAAACAAAUUCCUGGAAUCCCUCCGACGAGAAACGGUGGAGAACUUAGAAGAACACCACGUUUCCGACGAUGCAAAGGAGGAGGAGGACUUUAAACCGCCGACGAGAGCGUUCAGUCUGAGAGAGAAAACGUUUCGAGAGAAACGGGGAGAACUUAAUAUGCUGCCGAAAGAAAUCAACGGACCGAGAGGUUUAGAACCGACGCGGUUCAAAGAUUGGGAAGUUGGAGGGAGGUGCACUGAUUUUUAG